GUCAGCUGAGGGUUAACAUGGUCUAUCUGAGAAAUUUGUCAAAAUUGAGGUUUAUGUCUCAAACAGCUUUAAAGUUAACUAGGUCUAUGUCCAUUGCUAAUUUAUGUGGAUAUUGUGAAUAUUUUAAUGUCAGUGGCAAAGCUACAAAGGUCCAUCUGCAUAAUUUAGCAUAAUUUCAAAGUCACAAAGGUCUAUCACAUUUCCAAGAUGGCUGCCAGAAAGCAUGGGCGAUUAAAAACUUUAAAGGAGAAUGAAAUCAGCGAUUUAUUGGAAAGGUCGGAUAUUGUUGCAGAUUAUGCAGAGGAUACCAGCGAUUUUGAUGAAAAUAGUUCUGGUGUUGAUGAGAAUUUUGAUCCAAGAGGAGAAUUAUUUGAUGAUGAAUCGAGUUCAACUGAUGAUCAUGAUGAACCCAAUCAACAAGUUAGCACUGGUGAAAAUUCUGUCCUGACAGACUUGCAAAAUGUACCUGGUCAAUUGCAACAGGAAGAGAGAACUGUCCACGUUCAUCAACGCAAUGGAGUUCCUCUGACUCGAAAGCGCCAGCGUAACCCGGCUAGUUGGAAAAGGAACAUUAGAAAGAAUAAAAGACAAUCUGGAGAAAAGUAUAUAAACAGUCGUGGGAAUGAGCAAGCUGCAAGGUCUGUGAAAACAAAGAAAGAUUGUAGUAAAUGUAAGUUUAAAUGUAGUUCUAAUGUUACUGUGGAAGAUAGGUCUGCUAUCUUCAAUGAGUUUUGGAAAAUGAGUGACAACGAGAAAUUGCACUUUUAUGGAAAAACAACCGAGCAAGAAUCAACAAAAAGUUCAAAAGCUGGAACACCAAGCCGAAAGAAAAACAGUCUAAGUUAUAGCCUUCCUGUUAAUGCCCAUAAUGUUCGAGUCUGUAAAGUAUUUUACUUAACGACAUUGGAUAUUAACCACAAACGCAUACAAUAUUAUCAUGCAAACAAACAGAAAAUGUGUGGGACACCUACAAAUUUGCAAUGGGGAAAGAGUGCAAACAAUGUAGUUUCACCAGAAAUCAAGGACAGAAUCCGCAAACAUAUAAAUUCUUUGCCUCGUGUGGAAUCCCACUACAAUAGGGAGAACACAAAAAAAGAAUAUUUGCCUGAAGGUCUUAAUGUCACAAUUCUUUAUGAAGAGUAUGUGAAACAGUGCUCCAGUAAUGGAGUCGCACCUGGUAAAAUCCAUCUGUACCGACAAAUAUUCAAUGACGAAUUUAACAUUGCCUUCCAUGUACCCAAAAAAGAUAGAUGUGAUACAUGUGAGGCAAUGAAAAUUCAGAAUAAUCCAGCUGAGGAAGACCAACAAAAUUUUGAAGCUCACCUAAGAGGGAAGGAGGAAACUAAGACUGAACGAGACAAUGAUCGAAAGGAUAAUAACAAAUUUACAGUGUGUUUUGAUUUGCAAAAUGUGUUUGCCUUGCCAACAGCUGAAGUAUCGAACUUUUUCUACAAGAGAAAGCUUAAUGUAUACUUCAUGACCGCCCACUGUUCAGCAGAUAAGAGAGGAUAUGGAGCACUGUGGCACGAAGGGCAAAGUGGUCGAGCUGGAACGACAUAG